GCGCAGCGGACAGAAAUCAACAGAACAUCACGGAAGAAGAAGAUGCAUGCCGACUCAGACAUGGAUCAGGAGGUGGUCUUCGUGGCCCUGGACCGGGUCUGCGAGGACAACCUGGCUGUCCUGUGCGGACCCUGUGACUCUCCGUACGGCGCCGUCACCAAGCGCCUGGUGGCGUGCAUGAAGCGCAUCCAGGAGCACGGCCGCGCCCUGCAGCCGCUGGUGGCCAGCUUCACCGCCGUCUACCACCACUACGACCUGGACCCCCAGACGCCAGGGAACGGAUACCGGACCCUGGUCAAGGUGCUGCAGUCCUGCCUGCUGCACAUCAUCCACAAAGGUCGGUACAUGGCCUCCAACUACAGCGGGGCGUUCUUCCGGGCCGAACACAACGUGUCGGAGAUGGAGGCGUACUGCGGCGCCCUGUGCCAGCUGCGCGCCCUCCUCUACCUCGCCCGGCGGCUGCUCAACGACAACGAGCACGGUCAGCUGUACGUGCAGCAGGACGCCGAGCUGAGCCGCAGGUUCGUCCAGGAGUACAGCUCCAUGCACAAAGCCUGUUUCUACGGCCGCUGUCUGGGCUUCCAGUUCUCUCCUGCCCUCCGACCGUUCCUGCAGACCGUGGUCAUCAGCAUGGUUUCAUACGGAGAGACCUUCGGGAAACAGCAGUCUGGGAUCGGUACGGCCGCCCUGUCUCUCCUCACAUCUGGGAAAUACGUCAUCGACCCGGAGCUGCGAGGAGCUCAGUUUGAACGCAUCACCCAGAAUCUGGACAUGCAGUUCUGGAAGUCCUUCUGGAAUGUCACAGAGUCCGACGUUUUAUCAGGUUUCACCCGGAUCGCCUCGAACCCGGUGCAGGUGAACAUCACACUUACCGUACCUCCGGUCGCCCUGCGCCUCCCGCUGGCCUCAGACCCCAAACUGCUGACCACUGUCUCUCCUCCCAUYGCCCACUGGGGCCCCGGGCCGGUCCACAUGAGACUGGUCUCCUAUCAGCUUCGAGAAGGUCAGGACAGUGAAGAGCUGCUGACGUUGUCUCGAGAUGACCCGGCUCCGGUCUCUGGGACCCGCAUGCCCUGGGUCCAGGAACAGCCUCGCUCCCCCUGGCUGCUCGUCCACUUCCACGGAGGAGGCUUUGUGGCCCAAACAUCUCGAUCCCACGAGAACUAUCUGCGGAACUGGUCCAAGGAGCUGGGUGUCCCGGUUCUGUCCGUCGAUUACUCUCUGUCCCCUGAAGCGCCUUUCCCUCGAGCUCUGGAGGAAUGUUUCUAUGCCUACUGCUGGGCCCUGAACAACUGCCACCUGCUGGGUUCCACGGGGGAACGGGUCUGUCUGGCUGGGGACAGCGCAGGAGGGAACCUCUGCAUCACGGUCUCCAUGAGGGCCUUGACCUCCGGGAUCCGGGUCCCUGACGGGAUUGUGGCUGCGUACCCGGCCACCUUGCUCACCACCGACGCCUCGCCCUCCCGCCUGCUGACACUCAUCGACCCGCUGCUGCCUUUAGGCGUCCUCGCCAAGUGCCUGAAUGCCUACGCAGGGUGGGAUUUCCAGACGGUGCAGCCUAUGGAGCGGCGGGGCAGCCUGAGCGCUCUGGGCCGAGACACGGCCAUGUUGCUCAGUGACCUGACUCAGGGAGCCUCUAACUGGAUCCAGUCCUUCCUGGACCCGACCCGGGCCUCAGCUGGUUCUGUGUUACAGAGAGGGAACGAGACCCGGAGCACACAGACCAACAGCACCACCCUGAAGUACUCUGCGGACCUCCUUCAUUACCCGGACGGCUUCCAGCCGCUGCGCUCUGACUGUCCUGCAUUCGUCCAGCCCACUUCCUGUCCCGUCUUCAGGAACCCGUUUGUGUCGCCGCUGCUGGCGCCGCCGGGCCUGCUGAGAGGCCUGCCUCCUGUACACCUGGUGGCCUCGGCUCUGGACGCUCUGCUGGACGACUCCGUGACGUUUGCYAAAAAGCUGCGGGCGAUGGGCCAGCCCGUGAGCCUGACCGUGGUGGACGGUCUUCCUCACGGCUUCCUCAGCCUGUCCCAGAUCUGCAAGGAGACCCAGUUCGCUUCGGACAUCUGCGUGGCUCGGAUCCGGGAGAUCUUUCAGCCGGAAGACGCAAGAACCGCUCAUCACAAGAGUCCCUCGCUGGGAGAGACUUAGAGCCAAACUGUGCUCCGGUUCUUCAGCUGGACCUGCUGCUGUCUGGUUCUGAUUCUAGACAUGAGGGGAAACCGUGUGGACACACCUCACUGCACUUUAAACCAGCUCAGCCAUCAUGUGAUCCUGAUCACAAAAAGACUUUUAUUAAUGUUUACAUGUUUACCUGUCAGAUUAAUGAACCUCCUCCUGCUUCUGGAAGACGUUUUAAAUUCMUUUUUAUUGUUUUUCAGCUGACGUYUGUUCAUGUUUACAGAUUUAAUCUGCUUCUUUUAUGUUUGUAAAUCAGGAAAAUUCAGAGUUUUACAAAAAUCUAAGUUUAAAAGUUAAAGGUAUUAUUGUUUCUGUCAAAUAAACACUGAGUGGAAGUGUUGAUCCCUGACAGGAAGUCAGCUUAAUCACCUGCUGACAGGUAAAUAAAUCAGUUUUUGUGCCUUGAACUGACAGCUUCGUUGUUGAAGCUUUAAAAUCUGAUCAGGUUAAAAGUUGUACUUCUCAUUAUUAAURUUUGGAUUUAAAUAAUUUAUUUCCAGUUUGUCACAUGUUAAAGAGGCAUUUACUUGCUGAGAGUGUAACUUAUUGUAAAUUAAUUAUUUGUGUUUUGACUGUGGUGACAUUCAAACCCCGGAUUAAAACUAAAAAUGUGAUAGAA